GUCCAGCUUCCAAAAUGGAGGUUGAACGGAGCAACGAAGCGUCUGGAUCAAAAGAAGGGAAAAUUACCUCUGCAGAGGCAAAAACACAGACGAUAGGCUGGCAGUCCUUGCUUACUUUCACCAUCCUUUCUUUAGCAUGGCUGGUGGGUUUUGCGAGCCGGCUUUUCGCAGUGAUACGGUUCGAGAGCAUCAUUCACGAGUUCGACCCGUGGUUCAAUUAUCGGUCUACACAUCACCUUGUCACUAAUGGGUUUUACAACUUUUUGAACUGGUUCGAUGAAAGAGCUUGGUACCCACUGGGCAGGAUUGUUGGAGGAACAGUUUACCCAGGUUUGAUGUUGACUUCAGCAUCUGUCCACUGGGCUCUUAACACACUUAACAUCACCGUACAUAUCAGAGAUGUGUGCGUUUUUCUGGCACCAAUGUUUAGUGGUCUUACAGCAAUAGCAACUUAUCUCCUGACUAAGGAACUAUGGAAUGAUCGUGCUGGCCUCUUUGCAGCUUGUUUUAUAGCAAUCGUUCCUGGGUACAUUUCUCGCUCAGUGGCAGGAUCUUAUGACAAUGAAGGCAUAGCUAUCUUUGCAUUGCAGUUUACAUAUUUUCUAUGGGUGAAGUCUGUUAAGACUGGUUCAGUAUUCUGGGCAGCUUGCACAAGCCUGUCUUACUUCUACAUGGUCUCUGCAUGGGGUGGAUAUGUAUUCAUUAUCAAUCUGAUUCCUCUUCACGUGUUCUUCCUUCUUCUGAUGGGAAGAUUUUCAUUCAGGAUCUAUGUUGCAUACACGACUUUCUUCAUCAUGGGUCUCCUCAUGUCAAUGCAAGUACCUUUUGUCGGCUUUCAGCCAAUACGAACAAGUGAACACAUGGCUGCAGCAGGGACAUUUGCUCUUCUCCAAGCCUAUGCAUUUUUGGUGUACGUUAGAAGCAAAGUAUCAUGGACUGACUUCAAGAACAUAUUUGUGUUUGCUGUGGUGGCUGUAGCAGGCUUGGUGUUUGUUGCAGUCAUUUUUCUUACUUAUGCUGGUUAUGUAGCACCUUGGAGUGGACGUUUUUAUUCUCUGUACGACACUGGGUAUGCAAAGAUUCACAUUCCAAUUAUUGCCUCUGUCUCUGAGCAUCAGCCAACCACAUGGGUGUCAUUCUUCUUUGAUCUCCAUGUCUUAAUCUGUACUUUUCCUGCUGGUCUCUGGUUUGUGGUCAAAAAUAUUAAUGAUGAAAGAGUCUUUGUUUGCCUGUAUGCUACAACAGCUGUGUACUUUGCUGGUGUAAUGGUGCGUCUGAUGUUGACCUUGACACCAGUAGUGUGCAUCCUGGCAGCCAUUGCUUUCUCUGUAACAUUGGACAACUACCUGGUUGAUGAUCGCCCUUCAGAAAACAAAGAUGCGACAGCUAAACCAACUGAUGGAAAUAGUAGCAGUGAAGAGAAUGAUAAGAAAAGGAAGAAAGAUUUGUAUGACAAGCCCAAGAAGAAGUCUCAUAGCAGCAAGACCAAGCAAGAAGAGAAGGAGAAGGAUGAAGACGAUGAGGCAAUUGGUGCAAAUCUGAAGGGAAUGGUAGUGAUGUGUACAGUGAUGAUGCUGAUGAUGUUUGCAGUGCAUUGCACAUGGGUGACCAGCAAUGCCUAUUCAAGUCCCUCUGUUGUGUUAGCCUCUACAAACUAUGAUGGGAGUCGAAACAUUUUGGAUGAUUUCCGAGAGGCAUAUUUCUGGCUUAGACAAAACACAGAUGACAAUGCACGGGUCAUGUCUUGGUGGGACUACGGAUAUCAGAUUGCUGGUAUGGCAAAUAGAACAACACUUGUGGACAAUAACACUUGGAAUAACAGCCAUAUAGCUCUGGUAGGAAAGGCCAUGUCAUCCAACGAGACAUCAGCGUAUAAGAUAAUGAAGAUGUUGGAUGUGGAUUAUGUCUUGGUUAUAUUCGGUGGUGUGAUUGGUUAUUCUGGCGAUGACAUUAACAAGUUCCUUUGGAUGGUCAGAAUUGCCGAAGGCGAGCACCCUCAAGAAAUCAAGGAGUCAGAUUACUUCACUCCACAAGGCGAGUUCCGGGUGGACUCGGCAGGGUCUCCAAUCCUUCUCAACUGUCUCAUGUACAAAAUGUGUUAUUAUCGCUUUGGGGAGAUGCAGUUGGACUUUCGGUCUCCGUCUGGUUUUGACAGGACUCGUAACGUAGAAAUCGGAAACAAAAACUUUAAUUUAGAACAUUUAGAGGAAGCUUUCACUUCCGAGCAUUGGUUAGUUAGGAUUUACAAGGUUAAAGAUUAUGCAAAUCGAGUCAAGAGCAAAGUACCUCUGAGGACAACAAAUUUAAAACCUAAAACCAAAUAUAUUCCGAGAAGGAAUAAUAGGAAGGGACACAUCAAAGAUAAACUUAACGUAAUUCAAGGAAAGAGAGUUCAACGAAAAGGGAAGAAGAAGACAAAAGUUAAGAAAGCCAAGAAGAGCACAUGAGCGGCGAGUGACGACGUCAUGUGAAACACAAUAAACGUUCUCCGCCACGUGCAAGAAUCAUUGUGUUUAUUCCAUUCGUAGACAAACCUUUAGCAACUCCAGUUUUUCGAGUAGUUGAAAUGUUUUAGGACUGAUAACUGGAAGUCUUGUCUUUAAAGUCAUUGGUUAAUUUUUAAGUUUUUCCGAGAUGAAGGUAAUUUUUGACUGUGUAACUUAAACGUGUAAGGAUUGUUCGCAGCUUCAUUUGAAGGCAUUGAGAUUUGACACAAAAGCUACUAGUUCAAAGGUAACUGAACAUAACUUGGUGGAGAACUGCUUUGACUUCGAUACCUCCGUGUGCUUUACUUUUGGGUGUUUUCGUUCAAAAGUAGCAGCAUUGUGAUGCUAAUGUUUUUAAUUAUUACUAGUUUUUCCAAUUUAAAAAGUCCAUCUCGUUUGCUCUUCGGUGAAAUAAAUUUAAUUUGGAAAUAUCCCGUUAAACCAACCGUUGUAAAAUAAAACAACCAUUUCAACCGAA